GUGGUUCCGGUGGCGGCGAAGCUAGAGUGGCCGUGGGAAAUGUCGCCGGUCAGAACGGUCCACAGAUAAUCGAGUGGGAGGAGACCGAUCGUUACUCCUUCGAGGACUCGGAUCGCUUCGAGGAGGAUUCUUUAUGCAGCUGGAGCAGCGAGCCGGAAUCGUUGUGCAAUAACUGGAGGGGAUGGCGGCGACCAACCACCGGUUUUACCACCAUCAAGAAGCCGACGGAAGAUGCACAAACGGUACUGACGCUUUGCGAGCUGGCGGCGCGUUGCGUCGCCUCGCAUAUCCCGUUCGAGCUGGUGGAACACGUUUACCCGCCCGUGCCCGAACAGUUACAGCUCAGGAUAGCGUUCUGGAGUUUUCCAGACAACGAGGAGGACAUCAGGCUCUACUCGUGUUUAGCGAAUGGCAGCGCGGACGAGUUCCAGCGUGGCGAGCACUUCUUUCGCUCGAGGUGCGUCAAGGACCCCCUACAAAUCGGGUUUCACCUGAGCGCCAGCGUGAUCUCGCAGGGAGUGAUGAACGGUGUUAGGACGCAGUGCAAAGUCGCGGUGACGUUUGAUCGGCGAAAAAUUACGUCCUGUAAUUGCACCUGCUCCUCGAAGGCUAAUUGGUGUGCCCAUGUGGUCGCCGUUUGCCUCCACAGGAUACACAUGCCCACGCAGGUGUGCCUGAGAGCUCCGGUUAGCGAGUCCUUGUCGCGUUUGCACCGGGAACAACUGCAGAAGUUCGCGCAGUAUCUUAUCAGCGAGUUGCCGCAGCAGUUUCUGCCCACUGCUCAACGUCUCCUGGACGAACUGUUGUCGGUUCAACCGAGCGCCAUCAAUAGUUAUUGCGGAGCCCCUGAUCCAACCGCUGGCGCUUCGGCUCACGAUCAAACCUCCUGGUACCUCGACGAGAAGACACUGCAUGACAACAUCAAGAAGAUCCUCAUCAAGUUCUGUGUACCCGCUCCCAUUGUCUUCAGCGAUGUUAAUUACCUGAGCACCACUGCGCCUCCUGCGGCCGCGGAAUGGUCCUCGUUGUUACGACCGUUGCGAGGACGGGAACCGGAAGGCAUGUGGAAUCUGCUGUCGAUCGUGCGCGAGAUGUUCAAGAGGACCGAUCGUAACGCCAUCCCGUUGCUGGAGAUCAUCACCGAGGAAUGCAUGGCCUGCGAGCAGAUCCUCGUCUGGUGGUUCAACACGAAGGUCGCGUUACUGAACGGGACCGGCUACGGCGGCAAACACAAUAUGAACAGCAACGUGCACGCGUCGCAGCAUGCCUGCUCGUCCUUGUGCGACGAGAUCGUCGUCCUUUGGAGACUGGCCGCUUUGAAUCCUGGCCUAUCGCCGUCCGAACGAGAGAUGCUUCAUGGCCAGUUCACUGCCUGGCACAUGAAGGUCAUCGAUAAGGUGACGAAGAGUCGAGGCAGCUCCGUCACGCACAAUUCACACAACAGGAACAACAGCGGCGGCCAUAAGGAUUCGUUAAAGAACGACCUGGCCGUGUUUACUGGGUUCAAGUCCGCUCUCGAAGCGUGUUAUCUGGAUUGGGAAGAGUACACCUUGCCUGGUAUCACGUACACCGCCGGAAGCAAUCCCAUGUAUCAUUGUCCGUUCACCUGUUUUCGGCAUGCCGGCGAUACGAGGACCGAAGUGAACCAGGUGAACUCGAGCGCAGCCGUGUUGAAUUGUCAGCCACCCGUCUCGCACCACCACGGAAGACGUCUGGGUCUGGCGGAGUUCAGUUGGCGAGAGAUUCCUCGAAAGGGUCCAGGAAUGUCGUCCCGAAACGGUGGCGGUGACGGAAACCGAAGUAGCGUCAGUUCCGAAGGUUUCUGCGAAAACGAGACCGAUAUGCCCGAUAUUCCCGAGCCUCAGGUAGUUCUCGUUAGACGUUCUUGUGCUCAACUAAACAAUUGUGGGGACACAGAUUCGCAGGAGGGUGGUGGCAGCGAAUCGUCCUCCAACAGCAACGUCAGUCUGAAGAACGCUCAAGACUCGGACAAGCACCGCUCAAACGCCUCGUCCGAGACCCAUAGUGAUAGUAGCGAUAGUAGUAAUAACAAAGCCGCCUGCGGUUCCAAGAGCGAGCAGGAGUCCGACCAAGAGAAGGAUCCCUCCAGAAGACCCUCCAAGGACGAGAGUUCCUCGUCCAGCAGCGACAGUCCGUCUGGCGACGAGUAUCACGUAUAUUAUUAUGAUCCGAAGGCAGUCACGGGCACUAGUGGUAGCUCCAGCAAAGACUCGAAGAAUGAAUCGCAGACCAACACCGCGCCGAACGCGAGUAUGGUUUUGGGUAACCUGAUGAAGACGGAAGACCCGUGGGACAUUUUGUUCGCCAGGGCGGAAGGACUAUACGCUCACGGGCACACGAGGGAAGCUUGCAUACUAGGUGUCCAGUUGGGUGAGGAGCUACUAGCAAAUCCACCGAAUCUCAUGAUCGACGAGCCACCGGCACCCGUCAAGGGCAAAAAGAAAAAGCAACAAGUGAACCCGGCGUCUCAUCAGCUCACGUGCCUUGCGUCCGCCACGUUAGCUAAGUGCUGUUUCCUGUGCACGGUCCUUGCAGAGAACCCCGAGUACCACAAUCUGGCGUUCAGGGUCGGUUUGUUUGGCCUGGAAAUGGCUAGACCGCCUGCCAAUACUAAACCAUUGGAGGUAAAAUUAGCUCAUCAGGAAAGCGAGUUGGUUGGCCUGCUGAAACGAAUUCCACUCGGUCCUGCGGAAUUGGCGAUGGUUCGGCAGAGAGCGGAACAACUGAGGGAUGGAGUUCUCAGGUCCAGAGGUCACGCGCUGCUCCCGAUCAUGCUGGCUAGUUUCAUAUUCGACGCCCUGAAUGCACCAAGACUAAAACAACUGUCCUCAGACAUUGACGAGAAUCUUGGGUUCGACGCGGCCGUUGCUGCCUUGGGUUUGAAGGCGAACGUGAGCGAAGCUGAUCAUCCUCUUCUUUGCGAAGGCACUCGACGUCAAAGAGGUGACUUGGCUCUCACAUUGCUUGUCCACUACAAGGAUGAACCAACAAAGGUGGCGAGGAUAAUGGACAAGUUGUUGGACCGAGACGUUCAUCAACUGAUCAAAUCGCCAAUCUUGAGCAGUUACUAUACCUCUAACCCUCCAACUAAGAAUGAGGUGGCAAGAUACCUCCAUGACGAAGAGUGCUCCUCUCCUCUCGCCGGAGCGGAGGCAGGAAACGGUGACAGCAUCGUUGGCACAAGUAGCAGACCUCACAGCAGCACCAGCGCGGAACUGGAAACUGGCAUGGGUGCACUCACGGUGCAGCCGCAAAUCGUUCAGCCACCUGUGCCUACUAGAACUAAAGAAACAAGAUACAAAAGCAAAAGAGUAUAUCCAUCAAUCCCCAAUCAGCCAUCAGAAGCAGGAGCACAUUUCAUGUGCGAGUUAGCAAAGACGGUUCUAGCGAAAGCAGGUGGUAAUAGUUCCACUUCGCUGUUCACUCAAGCAUCCACGAGCCAGAAUCACCAUGGACCACACAGAGCCUUGCACAUGUGCGCCUUCCAGCUCGGUCUGUAUGCCCUUGGACUCCAUAACUGUGUCACUCCGAAUUGGCUGAGCCGCACCUAUUCGAGCCACGUGUCGUGGAUCACUGGCCAGGCGAUGGAAAUCGGGGCUCCGGCUAUUUGGUUUCUCAUAGAAAGCUGGGAGGGGCAUCUAACGCCACCGGAAGCUGUCAGCAUAGCCGAUAAAUCGUCCAGGGGCAGUGACCCCAACAUGGUUCGGGCGGCCGCUGAACUCGCUUUGUCUUGCUUACCGCACGCUCACGCGCUCAAUCCAAAUGAAGUUCAGAGAGCCAUUUUGCAGUGCAAGGAGCAGAGUGACCUUAUGUUGGAAAAAGCUUGCGUCACUGUGGAGAACACCGCGAAAGGUGGUGGUGUAUACCCAGAAGUGCUUUUCCAGGUUGCUAAAUAUUGGUACGAACUAUAUCUGAAGCACACUCCUGGUGGAGAACAGCAGGAUGACAUGCCACAUGAUCCUUUACAAUUGGAUCUCAAUGGAGUACUUCUAGUGGAGCCUGGGCCGUCAAUGGACAUGUCAAAUGGUCAGAUGAUGCCUGGACCAGCUCAAGCAGUAGUGGUGACCAGCACUCAACCGCCACCUCAACCGUAUCCCACGCAUCCAACUAUAACUACCCUGGCACCACUGGGAGUUGGUAUGCCGUACGCGGUGGGUCCCUACAGUUUCGUGCAUCCUCAUCACUCCAUCCCCACGUUCGGUGGACCGAUGCCUUCGCAUAGGGUAACUGUGCCACCAGCACUACCGCACAUGCAAAUGUAUCAUGCGGCAUAUCCGCCUCAUCCGGCUCAUCCGCAGCAUCCUCAACAUCCGCACCAUCCGUCACAACCCACGCAACCACCAUCGCUGCCGCAAUACUACACACCGCAACCCCCACCACCACCGGGAACUCAUCAUUUGUUCACCAUGCAACAGCCUAUGCCAGUUAAUGUGCAAGCGGGAGUAACCGGUUCCAUACCUGGUCAGAGCAAUAUGCCCGGAUCCGCGCUGGUUCAGACACAGCCUAUAAUAUCCACCGUAAGAACUCAGCCGCAGGUGCACAGACAAACACAGCCCGUCAGCCAACAACAGUUUCAAUCCCUCGUUGCGGCAUAUCGUGUUGGCAUGUUGGCGUUGGAAACAUUAGCUCGUCGGGUACACGACGAUAGACCUCAAGCGAAAUAUGCGCGAAACCCGCCGUACGGCGAGGACGUGAAAUGGUUGCUGAGAGUCUCGAAACGUCUGGGCACCCAGUAUCUUCAUCAGCUUUGUAUCUGCACCGUGAACAGCAUCAUCAGUCCCUUCGUCCUCCACGACGUUGCACUGGAAGCGGCACUCUAUCUGGCCAGAAACAACCCAGCUCUCGUGCUACAACACUUGAGAUCUGCUCCGUUGGCACCUCUUGUACACAAAUGCCAACAAAUGUACAUUCAGUGCAUGCAUCAAAAGCUGUACCACUUGACAGCAGGCGAUUACGAGGACUUUGUGAACAUUGUGUGUGCGGCGAAGGCGGCGUUUCACAUUACGCCGGAGGGCCAUGCUCAAUUCAAAGAUUGGCUGCAGUCUAUUAAAAGAUCUCAGUCCUGUAACAAAGAUCUGUGGACACAGAUCAACGCGGCGCUGCAGCAGAACGAAUCUCUACCGAAUACAAUUAUCAAAUCGCAACCUAAUGCCCCGUUUUUUAAACACCAGGUGCACAGACAAACACAGCCCGUCAGCCAACAACAGUUUCAAUCCCUCGUUGCGGCAUAUCGUGUUGGCAUGUUGGCGUUGGAAACAUUAGCUCGUCGGGUACACGACGAUAGACCUCAAGCGAAAUAUGCGCGAAACCCGCCGUACGGCGAGGACGUGAAAUGGUUGCUGAGAGUCUCGAAACGUCUGGGCACCCAGUAUCUUCAUCAGCUUUGUAUCUGCACCGUGAACAGCAUCAUCAGUCCCUUCGUCCUCCACGACGUUGCACUGGAAGCGGCACUCUAUCUGGCCAGAAACAACCCAGCUCUCGUGCUACAACACUUGAGAUCUGCUCCGUUGGCACCUCUUGUACACAAAUGCCAACAAAUGUACAUUCAGUGCAUGCAUCAAAAGCUGUACCACUUGACAGCAGGCGAUUACGAGGACUUUGUGAACAUUGUGUGUGCGGCGAAGGCGGCGUUUCACAUUACGCCGGAGGGCCAUGCUCAAUUCAAAGAUUGGCUGCAGUCUAUUAAAAGAUCUCAGUCCUGUAACAAAGAUCUGUGGACACAGAUCAACGCGGCGCUGCAGCAGAACGGCAAAUGACACAGAGCGGAACCAGGCGUGACGUGGCUCACCUCCCUCCCUCAUCCUCCACCACCUCCGCCACCUCCUCCACCGACGACGACAACAACCCUAGUGCUUCAACAUCAGCUUCGCUGUCAUCCUCAUUCACAGAGCAUCGUGUGCGUUCACGGGCUGCCUACCCUCGACAAGCGGGAACAGGAUCCCCGUAGCGUUCAUCGCCGACGCGGCCCCGUCGCGUCGACAGCGGCAUCGAUCGCGAACAACCGUCGGACCAUCAGGACUAGGAACAGCCGAUAAUUAAUUAGCUUCGAGUAGAAGAACACGAGCGGAUCGAUCCCACUGAGCGAAACAUAAUUCUGAGUUUAGUUAAUCUGUCUGAAAGUUACGAGCGAAAGUAACGGCGAGGGCGAACGAGCGUGUGAGGGUUAGCGAGAGAACAGGAAAGAUAGAUUCGAGCGUGUGUGUGCGUAUGAGAGAGAGAAAGAGAGAGAGAGAGAGUUGGGUUAGAGAGAGUUAGUAUGACUAUUCUUUUAAUUAAAGAGUACGACGUGUGUGUGAAUGACACGAACAAGGAACGUGCAGCUCUUGCAAAUUACACUUUAUCGUCACCGACCGUUUCUUGAAAGAUCAAGAAUAAUUUGACGACGACGAGUGUCGCGUACGUCGAUCGCUAUCGAAGGCUAAUCGUUCAUUUUUGGUCUUUUUUCUUUCCUUUCUGUAUCUCGAAGCAACGAGCUACGCAUCGGAAGAAUCAAAAUUUCUGGUUUCUCUGAACUCGAGCGAUCGCCACCGGCAAUUCUGCAAGAUUUAUUGGUUCGAUAACCACUUUCACUUUUCUUCUUUUCUGUUUUUUUUUUCCUCUUUCGGUUCUCGUUGGGACCUUAAGAUCGAACAUCUUUAGCGGCGAUUAGAUAGGAAAUUUUAUUUUUCAUUCAUAGAUAGGAUGAAUUCUCGCGUCUCUUAUUUUAUUUUUGUAAACAAUUAAGCAAAUUUUUAAAAUAUCGAUAACACACAUCUAUAUAUAUCUAUAUAGAUAUAUAUAUAUAUACAUAUAUAUAUAAAUAUAUAAAAGGAUGACGAUAAGGGCAGAUUCGUAUACAGAUAAGUGAUAAUUACUAAAACGUCGGUGAAAAAUUUUUAUAGAAGUGAACAUUUUUACUUUCCUAAAAUGACGAUCGACCUCGUCCACCACCACCAUCGCCAUCACCAAUUUACAUCACAGCCCUCCCAAAAUUUUGUCUCCUUUUCGUUUAUUUUGCUAUGCGAUUAUAUUUUAGUUCUACAAUUUAUUCUCUUCUUUCUUUCUUUCUUCAACUACUUUUUCUUCACGUUCUUUUUUUUUUAAUUAUAUCGUAGGCGUAUAUUAUACACGUUCGCAAAGCAUAUUCUCGUUUCUUUGUCAUUAAUGACAAUCCAUAAACGAAACAUGAUCUCUGUAAUUUUUAAAUUAAAAUAAUUUGAAGAACGAAUAAAGCAAAAUUAUAGCUGAUGUCGCGUUUUUCGAGCUACACCUUGUCCAUGAACAACACCGUGUAACGAUAUGUAUGCUUAGUUUGUUUCUGUCGUUUUCAACGUAUUUUGUUCCUUUUUCCUUUCAAAAAUAAAUGUUGCUUUUGUUCAUCCUCAAUCCUAACCUUCGUCGUUUGUCAUAUUUACACACGAAUCAUAGUGAGUGCAGAAAUUUUUCUCACUUUUUGAUCUUUUGUGAAAUUUUUAUGUGUACUCAUUUAUAGACAUUGUUACUUGCUUUUCCAUCGAUCGUUUGUCGUCGAAAAAAAAGGAAAGAAGCGUAACAGCCCAAACUCGUUCGUUGUCGAGGAAAGGGACAAGUGUAAUAUUAAAUGGCACUGCCACUAAUUAACAAUAUCGAUGGUCAUGGAAAGAGCAAUAUUUAAUUGUUAACGCAUUUUAACGUGAUACUAUGAACAUUAAGAUCGAAAUAUUGUUUCGUGUCCUCCAAGAGUUAAGGCACCAGCAAAAUAGCAGCUAAAUGUAUAUUUUAAAUAAUUCGCAUCAUGUUGUCGCGUGGAAGAUCAUUUUAUUCGAUUGGGGAUUUCGAGUUCUUGAUGAAAUGGAAAUUUCAGAAAUUCAAGAAACAUUUUAAUUUUUACACUAAGUUGAAUCAAAGUUUAAUGAAGUAUUGAACAUUCUAAUUUUUUGUGUCAAGAUUUUAAUUUUAACUUGACUGUAAUUUUUAUUAUUGAAGGGGUUGACUGGAAGAAGAAUUUGUUGAGAGGAUAAUAAAUAAUUUUUUACUAUAAUGUAGACACUUAUUGGGGUGGUUUAAAUAAUAUCAUUAAUUUAGUUUAAAUUUAAAAUAUUAUUAAUGAACAUUGUAGUACAUAUUUUUCAAAAUUAAUUCCAUUAAGAAGUAUAUUUAAUUCUGUGAGUAUUAUCUACUCUGUAUGUACUGCACCCUAUUUUGACCCUUCUAGUUUGUUCUUGAGAGACUAAUUAGGGUUGAGUGUGUCAAAAUUAACAAGGAACCUAAAUAAUUCACAAUCAAGCAUUAAAAGUUUCAGCUAAGAUUGCAAGAAAAUUUUUAAAAAAGGUGUCCUUCCAAAUAAUUUUUAAGUACAACAAUUUCUGCAAUCUCAAAUAAACACGUAAAAAUUGUAUAAAAGAAUGAUUUGAUUUCUUGAAUUUCUGAACGCAAAAUGGCGGAAAAUCGGUAUAAAAUGGCGGAGAGUGGGGGUGGGUGGCGAGACUCGAGUGUACGUCCGAUUCACAGCUGCCCCGCGUGUACAUAUUAUAAAUAUAAAAUGAUCUAGUUGAUAUAAAGAAGAAAAAGCUAAAGAAAAACAUGAAGACGAAUCCACAAGCGUCGUAGUAGUUACUCUAGGUCCACUUCUUGCGUGUGUGCAUUAUAAUCGAUCUAUUCAUAGGCGUAGACACCUCACUAGCCUACUUAGCGUUUAGAGAUGACACUAGAUAUUUAAACAAGAAAAAAAAAUAAUACGAAGAAGCGAUCCUUAUCAGUUCUUUUUUCAUGUAGACGGUCGAAAGAGAGGUUGCGGAUUACGAACUGUAAAGUAUUAAAUCGAGGGAAAAAAUGAGAUCCUAGAAUCGAACUUAGAACUGCUAGAUUUCCUUUGUUUCUUGAUCCGUGCGAGAAUGGUAACUCGAGCGUCGUGCUGGCGAAUUUAUUCUACGAUUUAUUUUGUCUACGAAAUUGCUGUUUGUGAAAUUUACUCUCAGUUCAUAAAUUGAUUUCUUAAUUGCACAUUUUCGUGGUUUACUUUAUACUGUAGUGACAUUCGAAGAUUAGAUCACUAUUUUUAGGUUUGUUAAUUAUUUUACAAAUUAAUUAUUUACAACGUGUUUUUAGGUGCAAUGUAUGGUUCCUUUAAGGGUGCACUGAGUGUCUUUUAAUAUUUUAAAUAUUCAAGAUUUGUUGUUAAUUCGAUUCCCUUUCAAAAUUUUAAAAAUCUACUUAAAAAAAAAUUCUCUUUUUUAUCUAAAAUUUUUUAAUUUUAUAAAAAUGUUUCUACUGUUUAAUAACCGUCUUGAAUAUUUUUCAAUCAGGUUGUCUUCAAUAACCUUACAUUUAACCAAACCUAACCUAACCCUACAUUACAAUUCAAAUAAAAUAAUAAUUUAAAGGAAACUUGCAUUGCACCUGUACAUCACACAGUACAUAACAAACUAAAACAACAAUAACAAAAAUAUAUAAACAUCUAGAAAAUUCGAAACAUUCUACAGAAUUUCAAUAUACAAAUACCAAUACAUAAUGCAGCAUACAAAAUGAAAAUUAUCUAUUGCAAUUUUGAAGUAUCCACACAAAAUUUGCUGUCAAAAUAGAAUAUUAAAAUUUUCACUUUAAUGAUCAGAAUAAUUUUUGAAGGUCUUAAUACCAGCUCGAUACACGAUGUACAUAUAAGAGAAAUGCUCGCGUUUCUACCUAAAACAGUGCGAAAUGAUCACUUGCUAGUUGACCCUCCUUUCGUGUUCAGCGAAUGUUCUAUGGUUCACCAGAUUGUACAUACGAACUCAAACGAGAUGAAAAACUUGUGUAAUUCCAUAAGAAUUUGCAAGUCGUUCCACGAUUUGUGAUUCGAGAUCUGCGAGAUUCAAUCGAGCACGAUAAAACCUUUCGACAAAUCCCUUUCGAUGGAUAGAACGCGUAAAAGAAGCGAUUUUGAUGUUCUUAGAGCAUUUUCUGGACACCGUAUCUCGGUUUUAGACGAAAAAGAGAAGCGGAAAAAAAUACGAGACGAAAAAAGAAAUAUAUUGGGAGGCGACAAAGUAUCUAUUUUUACACUUAAUUGAAAAAUGUCGAAGAAAAUUUCGAAGGAAAAAAAGAGGAGACGAGGAAGAAGAAACAGAGAAACGAAGAAUUCUCUCGAUUCGAAGUAUCUGGCCCUUUGGUAUGAAAUUAGGGAAACCCCGGAAGCCGAUCUUCUGUCGAAGCAAAAAAAAAA